GUGCACUCUUAUUCAAGCUGUCUUUGACUCUUUUAGAGUACUCCCACAUAAGACAUCAAGCAGAGUGGACCAAGAUGAGGACCAUUUCCCUGCUUCUGUUGGUUGCAUUAACAGCCCUGGCAGAGUCUCUCCGUGGCGACAACAGCAGGCGUGCCAAGCGGGAGCUUUUGGUGCGUUCCAAAAGAAGGUGGGUUUUGUCCACAAUUGAACUAGUAGAGGAAGAUCCUGGGCCAUACCCAAAAAAAAUUUCGCAGAUGUUUAAUGACAAGAAGGACCUUGUGGGGCAAACCCAUAAGUACCGUAUAAGUGGAAUGGGUGUGAAUGAUGAGCCGUUGGGAGUGUUCUCCAUCAAUGAAGAAACCGGAGACGUAUAUGCCCAUAAAGCUAUCGACAGAGAAGAACACGCUAUGUUCCAUAUCAGUUUUGAUAUCUUGGACAAAAAGACCGACAAUAAAAUAGACAAGGAACUGGCUUUUGAUGUAGAAAUAAAGGACAUCAAUGACAACCCACCUACAUUUUUGAAGACUCAAUAUGAAGAAAAUGUGAAGGAAAAUAUUCCAGAGGGGUACUUGCCAGUGCAGCUGCAUGCCACAGACAUAGAUCAGAGGAACACAUCCAACUCUCAAAUCACCAUCAGUGUGACUUCACAGAAACCACAAGAGCCCAAGAUAGAUAUUCAUCAGAUCGAUGGCAGAAUGGCCCAACUCACCUUUAAAGGAUGUUUUGACUACGAUAAAGAAAAGAGGUAUGAAGUUUUCGUUGAAGCCAAAGAUCAUGGAACACCGUCCCUUACCUCCUCUGCCGCUGUUAUUCUCAAUAUUGUUGACACAAACACUCAUCCACCGACAUUCAAGGAGAGGAAGUACCACGGUGAAGUGUUAGAAUCGGCCAUCAUCAACAAUGUUUUGAGAGUUGCGGUAGAGGACAAAGACACUCCUAAAACUCCUGGUUGGCGUGCCAAAUACUUCUUCAUUAAAGGGAAUGAGGACGCAAACUACAAACUUGAAACUGACCCCAACACUAAUGAGGGUAUUCUGAGUGUCAUCAAGGGCAAGGAUUUUGAAAAGACAACUUUUACCACCCUGCAGAUCGGGGUAAAGAAUGAGGAACCCUUAUUUGUUUGUAAAGAUAAAUCAACUGAUGGGACAGGCACACUUCCACCUCCAGAUUCAGUCAAUAUCACACUCAAAGUGAUUGACGUCAAUGACCCACCUGAGUUUGAGAAAGUUAAUGUUGACUUGUACCAGAGGGAAGAGGAGGAGCCAGGAAAGGUGCUGUUCACUCCAAAGGUCUAUGAUGUCGACUCUGACAUAAAAAAGAUCAGGUAUGUGUUGUUAGACGAUCCAGCUGGCUGGGUGGCCAUUGAUAAUAAAACCGGACAAAUCACAUCAACUAAGAAGAUGGACAGAGAGUCACCCUUUGUUAAUGACGAUAAUAUUUACAAAGUCCGCAUCUGUGCCAUAGAUAAUGGUGAGCCUCCAGCCACAGGUACAUGCACUGUCCUGAUCCACCUGGGGGAUAUCAAUGACAACAUGCCUAAGCUGGUCAACAAGAGCGUCAUUAUGUGUGGAAACAAGGUUAAUAAGGUCAUGAUACCAGUCAAGGACUUAGACAUCCAUCCUUUCAGUGGGCCCUUCGCCUUCUCCCUGGGGGGUGAUGACAAAACUCUGAAGCAGAAAUGGAAACUAGACCCUGUCUCUGGUGAGGAAGGUGGGCUUGUUAGCCUGAAGACACUUCCUUACGGUAACUACUCAGUGCCCUUGGUGAUUCAGGACCAACAGAGCAUGACUGGGCAUGAUACUCUGGAAGUGAUGGUGUGUGAUUGUGGAAAGGGAGACGUUUGCCUUGGCAAAAAGCCGUCCUCAUCCAGUCUUGGGGCACCUGGCAUUGGACUGAUCAUUGCAGGACUCCUCAUAUUUUUGUUACUGCUACUCCUCAUAAAGUGUGGGUGUGUAAAGGAGAUUAAGCACAUCCCCAUGGUGCAGGAUGAGGGCAAUCAGACCCUCAUCAAGUACAACCAAGAAGCAGGGGGCUCCGAAUGCAAGACUGAGCCAAAUCUGCUCCUGACACCUACAAACAGUGUGGCUGUGACAAACAGCCUAAAACAGGGCACCAUGAAGAUGUCUAAGAUGGCCACAGUAAUGACCCAGGACAUGGAUUUGCACAACAGGUCAGGGUUCACCCUGAUUAACUCCAACAUGAACUCACUGGGCAUGCAGCGUCAAAGAGACACUCUCAGAAGCCAGGGAGGACAGACCAUGUACUCUACAUGGACUACAAACAGGACCAACCCCUACCAGGCAAGCUCAUCAAGGUACCAACGCUCUGUCAGUAUGCUGUCAAAUCAUCACAUUGCAGAUCACAUUGACAGGAGACUGUACAUGAUUGAUGGAAACCAUUACCACCAAGUGUACCAACCCAAGGCGUAUGCCUAUGAGGGGCAGAGCAGCAAAUGCCAGUCACUGGAUGAGAUGUCCCUCAGCAACCUGGGAGAUGAUUUGAAUUUUCUGAAUAAUUUGGGUCCAAAGUUCCAGACCUUGGGAGGCAUCUGUCACCGUACAAUUCAAGAAAAAAACAUACAGCUUUAAAGGGCACAGCUGGACUGGCAUUUUUAUAUCAACCAAGUUGCUCUUUGUUCCUAGUUUGAGAUUGUGAUUAUGGACUGAUCUGACUGGAAAGCUAUACCACUAUCGUUGGAUUUUGUACCCGUGCAUUUUGGACUUAAACAUCUCACAUAUUUGGAGAUAUAUUGUAUAUGUCGUAGAGGUUGUAUAUUGCUUGCUUGAAGAUGGAAUUAAUGCACUGCACAAACUAUCUCGCUCUGGUGAUUUUGAAAUGUUAUGUUUUGACAGUGACUGGGUGGGUUUGUUUUUUAUACUUUGCUAAUUUGGGAGUGGUUGCCACAUCUUAGUGCUCAUUUCUAGCUCUGAAGCUUUUGGCAUGGAAUUUGCCCUUACUGAACGAUAUGCUGAUAGCAACCUUUGUGGUGAAAUCUUUUUACCUGGAGAGGGGGGAGACGUGCUCAUUUAUUAAAGCAAUUAUAAUAAAAUUAUACCAAACUAGCAACAUACUAUACCACUAUGUUAUAGUGUUAAAAUCACAUAUAGUAUCAUUUGAAGGUUUCAUUUUUAACCGCUGUAAUUACUUGUAUUAAUUCAUUUUUUUAUACUUAAACGCUGAGACACGCUUAAAGACUGUGACAUGAAUUGCAGAAGAUGAAGAGGUUGUCAGUGAGAGAGUGGUGGCAGCACAAAUGUCAUACAGCUUGUCAGAAGAGUAGAGAGUGAGUUGACUCUUCUGUCACCCUGCAUAUAAUUCCAGUGAUAAUAACACCUAGCAUAGCGUUCUCUCUCUAAUUUCUGAACAGUGUUUUUAAAACCAAUGGUUGUGUCAUGACCUGUUCAUAUCGUCAACUCCCUUUGUCACUGCCAAAAUAACCGCUUGUGGGAUUUUAUUUGACAUUUGUUGAAGCAGACGCGGCAUAACUUGUUUUUUGAUUGAUGGUAUGGCACAGGCACAAAUCUGACACUUAAACGCAAACUCAUUUGACCCACACGCAUAACCCAGAAACAAACUGAAUAUACAUAAAGUAUGAUUUUUACCUUUCAGUUCAAAGUUAACUGUGUCAUGCUAUCUGUUGAAAUGUAAUUGGGGAGAUGGUUACAGGGUGAAUUACUCUGUUCCUACAUACGAUCCAUAACACUGUUAACUGGGGAUUAAUUUCAAUAUGGCUACUAUACCCCUUUAUCCUUCCCUAAACAUAAACCAUUCAUCAGUACACACACACACACACACGCAUAGGAUAUAAUAUAUAUAUAGAAUUAUUUUAUAUCAAUCUUAAUGUUGUGUUAAUGUUCUUAUAACUGUUAUUGUGUGCUGUCCAAAUAUUUGGACAAAUUAUAUUUUGAUGCAUUGGAAACAUUGUUCUUGAAACUUUCAUGCCAAUAAAGCCCUUUGAAUUGAAUUCAAUUGAAAAAGUGCUGGUACUUCAGGCAGGACAGCAGGAAAUAGGAAAUAUAUGCACGCACCAAACAAUAUUUAUAAAGACAGAUGAACACCAAAAGACACAAGGGAGCAUGAAAGCAACUCAAACUGUCAAUUAAUCAUGGAAAUAACAAAUUUUGAGUUGAAUCUUUAUCAAUACAGCCAAGGGAGAAUAAAAGGUUUUGUUAUUACUGUAAUAGACUGGGGCUACAAUGAAAUUUAUAGUUUGUAAUCUGACUUUUAACCUAAUAUUUACUCUCUCUUUAUUGUCUCUCUUUGGAAGGAAGUGCUGUGCCAAAUUACAGUCUACAAUGUUUGUCUUAAUCGCCAAUAAACUUGACAACUAGAUUUUUUUUCUCAUUGAUUUCUCAGGUUUUGAAUGUGCCAUGCUGGGUGUUGUCCAAUUACAGUUCUUUUCUGUUUUCUUGGGAAGUGAUUUUAUCAGGGCUGCUGGUAAAUGGUUUCAUAUAGCUGCUGCUUAGAAUUCCUCCCAGACUGAUGUGUCAUGCUUUCUUUGUUUUCCUGUGGUAGGCAAGCAAAGUUCAUUCUCACCCUCCCGAUGGAGCAAUGUUGAGCCAGAUUUCGACUCAGUAGAUUUAUGUCCAUAUGUUAAAGAAGGUUCAUACACUAGAUUGUGCUAAUUCCACUGUGCUCUGGUGGUCUACAAUGCAUAUCUAAUUAGAAAACGUGUUAUCUUAAUGUAUAUGUAUCUCUUAAUAAAUAAUACCACCAUAUUA